GAUCGUUUAUUAAAGAAAGUCAAAACAAUUUCAGGAGGCGAACCUUGGGACAUUGCAGUGACAAAGAAUGGAGAAUUAGUUUACACAGACGAUGAUGCAGGAACUGUAAAUUUGGUAAAAGAUAAAGAAGCUAAGGAAUUGAUAAAGUUGAAAAGGUGGAAACCCUACAAUGUUUACUGUACAAUGAAUGGAGACUUAUUAGUCAUCAUUCUCAGUAACGACUGGAAAAGAACGAAAAUUAUCCGUUACUUUGGGACAACCGAAAAACAGACGAUUGAGUUAGAUGAUUCACGAAAGCAUCUUUUCAAGCCAGGAAAAUUUUAUAGGUAUAUAACAGAGAACAGAAACAGAGAUAUCUGUGUAGCCGAUUGUGGUGCUGGCUCAGUGGUGGUUGUCAACCAUGCCGGUAAAUUCCGGUUUAGGUACUCCGGCCAUUCACCAAGUACCAAGAAAGAAGCAUUUGCACCACGAGGCAUAACCACGGAUAGCCUGAGGCAGAUCUUGACGGCUGAUUGCAAUAAUAACUGCGUGCAUAUCCUUGAUCAGGGCGGACAAUUUUUACGUUAUCUUGAUAGCCUAGAUCUGGAAAGCCCACAUGGAUUGUGUACAGACAGCAAAGAUAACCUGUAUGUAGCCGAGUGGGACAGUGCAAAAAUCAAGAAGAUAAAAUACAAAUAG